CCUAAAAAAGAUUUUUAUGAAGGAUUGUAUGCAACUUUUAAAAAAGAAGCAUUUUUUAGUAAAGCUAAUGGAAUCACCAACAUGGUUACUGGUCAACUCUACAGAAAUUAUUUCGUAUCGAUUGUUACUCAAACAACUGUAGAUCGUUUACACAAAGUAUCAAUGAUGGCCGAGAAAUGGAAAGCUCCAAUGUCAGUUUCAGUUUUUAUAAAGAAACCUUCAAAAGACAUACCAGAAUUAAAAAAGAAAUUACAAAACUACCCAUCUCUAGUUUAUUAUGCAGAUCUUCAUUUACUUUUUGCAAAUAACACAAGAUACCCUGUAAACAAUUUACGUAAUUUAGCAAUUGAAAACAGUCGUACCGAUUUUGUAUUUAUAAUGGAUGCAGAUUUUUUACCUCCUCUAGGUUUACAUGACUAUAUACAAAAUCAAAAACAUUUUUUUAAAAUUAAUCAAUCGAACCAAAUUAAUUUUAAAAAUAACUUAUUAAAUGGAAUUUCAAACCAACAAACCCAAGUAAAAGAAAAUAGCAACAUUGAACAGAAAGAUAGCAGUGCAAAUAAAAUUAUACAUACUCAGUCAUUUAGAAAAAAUAAUUUAAAUAAAAUAGACUCUAGUGGCCAAAUAGAUAGCUCAUUCAAUAUGGAUAGUUAUCAUGGAAGUGCCAGUAUAAAUAGUUUAACAGAAGAUAAUUCGAAUGAUAUUCCAAAUUUAAAGAUUGCCUUUGUAAUACCAUCAUUUUCAAGUUCAGAACUACCAGAAUUUUUACCAGAUGACAAAGAAGAAAUGAUAGAAAUGGUAAAGAGUAAUAAAGUAACACCAUCAAAUAUAAAUGUUUGCAAAAAAUGCCAUUCUCCAACCAAUUUUCCAAAAUGGAUAGAAGCAAAAGAACCAUACGAAAUUGAAUAUAAAUGGAUUUUUGAACCUUAUUUAGUAUUUAAUAGAUCAGAGAGUUUACCAUUCGAUGAAAGAUUAAAAGGUUAUGGAUUCGAUAAAAAUUCACAUGCAUUUAGUAUGGCCGUAGAAGGAUUCCGUUUUGUAGUUUUACCAGAAUCUUUUAUAAUUCAUGUAAAUCAUAAAUCAUCAUCAUGGGAAGGUCCAUCAUUAGAUGAACAACAAUGGGAUGCCCUUCGUAUAGUUUGUGAUAUAAUACCAUCAAUUAAAACCAAAAAUAAUUAUAAUAUAAGUGAAAAGUUAUUUGAUGAACCUUUAGAAGAUGAAUGUUAUUCAGAUAAUCAUUGGUAAAAAAAAUAAAAGAAAAUUAAAAAAAAAUAAACAAAUUA